AUGUUGGGAAAAAUGAGAGUAACUAGUUUGGUGGUAUUAUAUAUUCAAUUAUUUUAUUUUUGUAAAAAUGAUGAUAUACCAUUUCAAAGUUCGGACAACUUGUUAAAUAAAAGUUUGAUGGAUGUAAUACAUAAUAAUUUCAAUGUAAAUGGAAUCAUGAAAAUAAUUGAAAAAAUGUUUAAGAAUAGUAUGGAUGAUAUUGAAAUGGAAGAUGAUAGUGAAAUACAAAAUAUGCAAAUUAAAGAAUAUAGCAUUGAUAGUAAUAAAUACAAAUUACCAUAUCCUUCUUUUAAGGAAUAUUGCUCAAGUGAAGUUGAAAAUGGGAAAGACUACGUGGAUUAUAUGGAAAAUAAUAUAACCCAAUUUGCCGACAAAAUUGAUAAUAAAUUUUAUUCUAGGCAUUUCAAAGAAAUAAAUGUGUUAAAACAUAAUUUAAAUGAACUAGCUAAUUUAUUAAAAGGAUUGAGUGAAUUAAAUAAUGAAAUAUUUUAUUUUUUUGAGAAUGUAAUAGAGUCAAAAAAUAUGAUUAAUAGUACGAUGACAAACAAAUCGAGAAGAGCAUUACCAUUUGUUAAACAUUUUGAAGAAAUGCUUAAUAAUUUAAAAAAUUCUAAUAAUUCAUAUAGCUUUCAUAAUUUGAUUAUGCAAUAUGCUGACGAAUUAAAUAUAAUAAUAAAAGAUUCAUUAAUUGAGUAUGUCUAUUUACAUAAACAAACAAAAGAACAUAUGAAAAAAUUAGAAAAAUAUAUGGAAAAAAAUGUAAAAAUAUUAACAAAAAUGCAUAAAAAAAUUGUUUUAAGCAUUUUAUAUGUUGCUUCAGAUAUAGGUAAAACAAAUGAUAAAAUUGAUUUUUUAAUAAAUAAAAAUUUAAAUGAAUUCAAAGAAUGGAUAGUAUAUGAAAAUAAGAAAUGUAUACAUAAUUUAAAAAAAAUAAAAUUAAAUAUUGAUUUUAAUUUAGAUAAUAUUAAUGAAGUUUUUGAUAAAUCAAAAGAAGAAUUAAAGAAUGAUUAUAUAUCUUUUAUUGAUAUAAGUAAAUAUUUAGCCUUUCAAAAUCCAAAUAAAACUAUUUUGUCUAUCAUCCAUUUUCUUAAUAGUAAAUAUUCAGAUGAUGUGGAUAUUAUUUUUUUAUAUAAUGAAGAAUAUGUAGAAUUUAAUUUAAAUGAUAUUACUUAUGAAAAUGAUAUGAAAGGAAAUAAUGAACAAUUGGAAAUACCUCAAGAGCAUACUAAAUUUGGAAUGAAUUUUAAUUUUACUGAUUUAGAUAUUAUUGAGACAUCGAAAUAUGAAGAGGUAUUAAACUCUCAUAAAAUAGAUAAAAAUCCUAAUUUUAAACAUAUCAAUAAAAAUAAUUUUGAAAAAAUAAUAGACGAUAUUAUUCUUAAUAAUGAAAUGUUGGAAAAUGGUACUUGGAUAAAAGAAAAAAGAUUUCAAAAUCAUAAUAAUAUUUCACAUAAUGAUAUAUAUAAUGAAAUACAAAAAGAUACAAAACAUACAGAAAACCGUAUUAAUACUAUUGAUAAUAAUUUUAGUUUUAAAUCAAAUAUUAUUAACUUUACACAUAGUAUUAAAAACCUUUUUAAUAAUUUUAUUUUUAACUUUGAUAAUUAUUUAUGUUCUUUUGAAAAAAACUUUGAUUCACAAAAUACGAAUACUCACAAUUAUGUAGAUACUAUAGAGGACCGUACCAAUAAUCUUAUUCCAAUUGAAAAAAAUGAAAAAAAUGAAAAAAAUGAAAAAAAUGAAAAAUCUGAAAAUGUAUCAGAUGCGAAACAAGAGAAUCAAAUCAUAGAUUCAGAAAAAGAAAUCAAAGCUAGUUUACAAAAUGAACCUAAUGAGUCUGAGAUAAAAAUGAAUACCCCUUCAGUAGAACCACCGAAUUAUCAAAAAACCGAACCUACAGAACUCUCAUUAGGUGAUUUGAAAAUAGCACUAAAAAAUAAAAUUAUGUAUGAGCUUGAAAGUGCAAUUAAAGAAAUUGUUCAAAAUGAAGUUUCAGAUAUAUUAGAUGAUGAUUUUCCAGAUGACGAGUAUUCAGAUGAAUUAGAAAAUUAUGAAAAAACGUAUGAAUCGAAUAAAAUUAACACAAAAAUGAUUGGUACCCCAAAAUAUGAAAGUGGAAGCAAUUCAAACAACACUGAGCAAUUCCAAACAAAUCAUACAGAACCUGUGUCCAAUGCUGAAUUAGACACCGAUAAAAAGAAUAUAAUUUCUACUAAUAUGGCGAAAAAAAAUAUUUUGGGGGAUAAAAGUGGUGAGCAUUCAAAAGAGGGUGAUGAAAACUUAAAAGAGAGUGGUGAACAUUUAAAAGAAAGUGGUGAACAUUUAAAAGAAAGUGGUGAAAAUUUAGAGGAAACUAGCGAACAAUUAGAAGAGACUGAAAACCCAUUAGAAGAGGAAAAAGACCAACUAGAUGAGACUGACGAGCACUUAAAUGUGACUGGUGAAAGUAGUGAUAUGGUAGAGAACCAGGGUGAUGGUGAGAAUAUAGAGGAUGGAAUGGAUGAAAAUGAAACAACUGAAAAUAACAAAUUAAACUUUUCAAUGUUACAUAGUUCAAAUUUAAAAUAUUUAUGGAGAACCCCUAUUAUUAAACAAUUAUACAAUAUGUAUAUUGAGCAUAAAAAAGGAUAUAUGCAUAAUAAGAAUGAUGAAAAUAUCGAUAUAUAUGAAAUAGAUAAAAAUGAGUUAGAAAUCCAAAACAAUGAUGUAAAUAAUUUUAAUUUUAAAGAAGAAUUAAAAAAUAUUAAAGACAAUAUAUUUUAUGCAAUACCAGAUAUGUAUUAUAUUUAUGAUAUUUUAGAUAUAUAUCAAAAAAAUAAAAAUAGUACUUCAAGUAAUAAUUUUUUUUAUAAUAACUUUUAUGGAAACGAUUAUUUGAUAAUAAAAUCAAAAGGUGUUAAUAUAGAAACAUUUAUUUAUCCAUAUUUUGAAACAUUAAAUUUGCAGUUAAAUGAAUCUAAUACAUGUCCAUCGGGUAAUUAUUAUUCAUGUAUGAAAAACUAUAUUAAUAAUAAUAUCGAUAAAGAAAAAUUAAAUAAAAAAAUAGUAUUUAUAUAUUUGGGAAUAUUUAAAGACGAAGUGUUUAAAUUGCCAAAUUCCAAACUUGUUGAUGAUUUAAAAAAAUUCCAUUUACAACAGUUUUUAAAUAAUGAUAUAGAAUAUCAAUUUUUUAAUAAUUUUUUAAUACAAAAACAUAAAGAAGAAUCUCUAUUUUUUAGACGAUUAAAAUUUCAUACUGUAUAUCAUUUACAGCGUAAUGAUACGCUUAUGUAUGGUAUUGAUUUUAAUUUUUAUGUUUCAUAUUUUUCAAAAGGAGAUAUACAACAUUUACCUUUCUCCUAUUAUUAUGAUUCAAUAAUUUAUUUUAAAGUAAUUUUAGCUUAUUCAAAAUAUGGGGAUCAAGAAAUUGUUCCAAUUGAUGACGAUAUAAUAAAUCUAGGCUUAAUGCUUUCAUUAGAUAAUAAAGAGAAAAAUGUACAUUAUUUAAUAAAAUCAAAAGUGAUAGAAGAUACACAAUAUGAUUUGUUCAAAAACAAAAAAGGUAUUGUAAAACUUUAUAAAAUAUCUUAUGAAAAUGUUAAAAUUAUGUCUUCAAAGGAUAAAUACAAAAUGCAUGUUACAAGAAAUACAAAAGUUAUUUUACAAAAAGAAGUAACUUUUAAUAGUAAUAAUAAUAAAAGGACACUUUAUUAUAUUAACACAUUUUAUGAUAAAAUGAGCGAAAUUAUGAAAAACAAUAUGAAUUUGGAAUUACUUGGAAAAACAUUCUUUUUACAUUUGGGAAAAAAAUGA